UUCUGAUUCCCAGGCCCGUGCUCUAUCCACUAGGCCAUGCUGCUUCUCUGUCACUGCCUCUGUCUUUGUGUGCUCAGCUGGGGUGGAGAAAUGACUGCAUGCAGACUUUUGGAAUCUCUUAUUUUGUUGUCGAUUUUGGUUUUUAAUAUUUUCUAGUGGACUUCCUUCUACAGUUUAGUAUACCAAAAUUUAAUGUUAAUAUUGUGAGGUUAUAGUUUGAAUUACUCUAAUAAUAAUCGUGGUAUUUGUUAAAUGCCUCCUUUGGGCCAGGCACUGUACUGACUGUUGGGAUAGAUACAAGAUAAUCGGGUCAGACAAAGUCAGAGUCUCUAGCAAAGAUUAAACAGUCAAAUAGUGAUGUUCAACAUGUGGUACAGAGAAUGUAUAAUAGUAUUUGUUAAGUGCUCCCUAUGUGCCAAGUACUGUUUUAGGCACUGGGAUGGAUGCAAAAUGAUCAGAUCCCUGGCGCACAUGCAGCUCACAAUCUAAGAGGGAGGGACUGCAGGUAUUUUAUCAUCAUUGCACAUAUGAAGAAACUGAGGCCCAGAGAAGUUCAGUAGCUUGCGCAAGUUCAUACCACAGGCGAGUGGCGGAAGCUGGGACUAGACCCCAGGUUUCCUAACUCCCAGUCUAGUGUUCUUUCUGCUUCCUGUGAGAGAGUUUUCAUCUGCUUGGAGCAAUGUUCAAUGGACAAAUGCUCCCUUUAUAAAAAUGGAAACCACCCUGUGCAGACCACUUGCCAUUAUUACACGGUCGAUAAUCUCAACAGUGACUUUCCACUUUUCUGAUGACCUCCUCUUCCCCCUUAUUGUCUGAUACCCGAUGAGCUCAUGAGCACUUCCGCUGCAGGAAGUGAAGGAUGCUGGGAAGGCUAAUCUGCCCAUGUCAGUACUUGUUCGGUGCUCUGACUCUGGGUUGUCUGGCUAGAUUGUAACCUCCUUAAGGGCAGCAAUUGUGUUUACCAACUCCAUUGUACUGUACUUUCCCAAAUGCUUAACAGUGCUCUGCAUCCUGGAAACACUCAUUGAAUGCUAUUGAUUCAUUAGUUGAUUGACUAGGGGAGGAGGAGGAGGAGGAAACUGGCCUCCCAGUGAGGGUGGGGAUUAUGCCUGAAUAGAACAACCCAUCCAUCCUUCUGUUCCUGACUCCAUGGCCAAGGCUGACGGAGUUGGGAAUUGACGUCACAGGACAGGGCAGCCUGUCCAUCCCUGCUCUCCCCCACUGCUUUGAAUCCUGUUAGGAAGGAAGUUGCCAGGACCCGUCUUCCUCUGUGUUGGCUUCAGCCACCGGACGGAGACACGGCCCUGGGGGCUGGGGUGGUUUUUCUCACUCGCUCUCGAGUCGGUGUUCGGAGGUGGAUUCUCCAGGAAGAUGGUGGGAAAUCAGGCUUCACCUCUGCGGUUUCAGCCGGUGCCUGCAGCCGUGCUCUGUGGCCAGAGUGCAGUUCUCACAGGCUACAUUCUCACCGGCGGAGUCUGAGGCCGACAGGCAGAGCACCAGCACCGCCAACCCUCUGAGCCCGACUAAAGGUCACCGAGAGAGGCCGGUAGGGCUGGAGCGGGCUGGCACUCCCUCCCGGAGGUGAGCCAAGCUGAGCCCAGGCCCCAGAGCAUCUCUGGUUAAUGAGUAAUACCAGGAAGUAGCUAGGGUCAGGAAGCACCAACGAAACGGUUUCCUGGGCAAGGCAGGUUCCUGCGAUUCAGAAGCUUUUGGGGAGCGGAGCUUCCUCUUGAAUCCCGAGGCCGGGAUGAAGGACAAGGUGAGCAGGCCCGGUGCCGGGCCCCCCACCUCCAGGUGUCCCGAAAACACCGCCCUGAAGCAGCAGCAGUUGCCAGCCUGGAAGCCUGCGCUCACAGCCACGACCGUCCUCUCGGGCUUUUUCACCAUCGGCGCGUUCUGUCUGGGCAUGGGCAUCCUCCUCAUCCUCUCCGCGAAGAGCGUCCAGGAAAUUGAGAUCAAUUACACAGAAAUAUGCUCAAAUUGCUCCAAGUUGCGGGAAAAUUCUUCUAAUUUCGAGAAAGAGUGCAACUGCUCCAUCCCCUUCUCCAUUUCAAAGAAAAUGCAGGGUAAUGUUUUCUUGUACUACAAACUGCACAACUUCUAUCAGAACCAUCGUCGGUACGUCAUAUCCAGAAGUGAUGUCCAGCUAUUGGGAAAAAAUGUGCAGAGGGUCGAGAGCACCUGUGCCCCCUUCACAGCAUAUGCCAACGGGACCCCCAUCGCUCCUUGUGGUGCCAUCGCCAACAGCAUGUUCAACGAUACCAUCCAACUCUUCUACCACCCCAACGCCUCCACCCAUAUCACAGUCCCAUUGCUGAAGAGUGGAAUUACAUGGUGGACCGAUAAACAUGUGAAGUUCCAAAACCCCAAGACCAAAAACCUGUCCGCUGCCUUUGCAGGGACGGCGAGGCCUCCUUACUGGAACAAACCCAUCUAUGAGCUGGAUGAGGAGGACUGGAAAAACAACGGCUUCACCAACAACGACUUCAUCGUCUGGAUGCGAGUGGCCGCCUUCCCCACCUUCAAAAACCUCUACCGCCGCCUCAACCGAAUCCAACAGUUUUCUGAGGGCCUUCCUGCUGGGAAUUACAGCUUCACCAUAUCCUACAAUUUCCCCGUCACCAGGUUCAAGGGGGAGAAAGGGGUACUCCUGUCCACAGUAACCUGGAGCGGCGGAAGCAACAUCUUCUUAGGCGUGGCCUACAUCACGACAGGAGCGGCGACUCUGUUGGCAGGCUCAACCAUGCUGGCCAUCCAUUUGAAGCUGAAAGAGAAAAAAACCUACUAUCAGCGCUAAAGGGACCGUAGAGCUCUUCCAACUCCUAAGAAAGGCAGGACAGAGAUGCCUGAGGCAGAUGGACCGUAACCUAUCAGAGCCCCGGACCUUUGAGGGCGGCACUCCGGCUGGGUGUCCUGAACAGAGUGACCUGAAGUUAGCCAGCAAAGGGCAGUGCCAACGGGAUCAGGGGGGUGGUAUAAGCCAACAGUGAGCAGCUUGACUACUCGAGUCUAAUAACGAUAGCACAGGCCCAGGGGAAUGAACUGCUCUGGGGAAGAAAGUGAGUUGUGUCGAUUCUCAAGGGAAGAUAUGCAAGAAGACUAGUGUAUGAGGUCCCUUCCAGCCCAGAAGAGUUUAUUCACUUCACAAGAAAGAGUCAGCUCACUGACCUGGAAAGUUGCCUUUUCUGGCUCCCUGAAAAUUUCAAUUUCCUCUGCAUCCUUCUCCUUCACCAGAGGAUCUAGCCCAUAAUAAGUCCCUGUAACGUGGAGCAAGAAGUGUUUUCAAAUGUGAAUAGCUUUCUUACACACAGAGACGACUUCUUGUAUUCGGAAUAAUGCAUGCAGACACGGAUUAGGGGAGUGCUAUCCCAUGCUUCCAAAAGAGCUGGGUCCCCACCCCACCCCUGUUAAAAUCCUGGGAGCCCCGCACCAGGGCAUCCUCUCUUCUGAGGAACUAAACCAACCCCCAACCAGUCUUCGUGAAUCAAAGUCCUUCAAUUCAACUCUUGAAAGCCCCAGGGAGCACCAUCUAGCUUGGCUGGAAAACAUGUAUUCCAAUUGCUGACCCUGAACUGACCCAGCAAUUGCAAGAUCAGGAAGUGAAUGUUUGUAGGUGCCCUCCACGCUAAAACUUGACAUGGGAAAGAAAAUUAUGGAGGUGCUGAGUAUUUUUCUCCACAAAGUCGGAUUGCCCAGCUUCGUGAUUAAAUGACAAUAAGGUCCUCAAAUCCCUCUAACCUUCUGGUGUUUAUCAUUCAAUUUCUUUUCCACCUUUCUAUUUCAAUCAAAAAAGAGAGCACCCGAUCUUAGAUCUUGUGAGAUGCCUACCCUCCUGCAUGGCUCACCUUAUAUCUCCCAUUUCAUGUGACUUUAAUUGUGUCUGCCUAUUAUCAGUUCUCCAGACUGGCCUGUUUGCCAGUCUGAACUGGAAUCAGAAGGGCUGUCCUGCCAUACAUAAGAGUAAAUCCUUUGAUAUUCUAUCCCUGGGUACCUGUAAAUUUCCAGAAAUGGCCAAGCAAAGACCAGGCUUUUGAGGAGCAAUGAUUGCCUAACUCCCACACUGUUGUCUGGUCACUUAUCUAAAGCAGCAUCCCUAUCCAUCCAUGCCCUUUGAGAUACUCUCCUAAAUUAAACUCUUGGGAAGGCCUUA